CUGACCAUGAGCUUCGCGAACAAAGUCGUUUUGGUGAUCGGCGCCAGCUCCGGCAUAGGCGCCGCCACCGCCGUAGCGUUCGCCAAGGAGGGCGCUCGCGUGGUCGUGGUAGGAAGAAACGAGGGAAAACUUAAGAAUGUCUCGGCACAGUGCGAGAAAAAUGGAAAAAAACCGCUCGUGAUUAAAGCCGAUAUCAGCAGGGACGACGAAGCUAAGCUGGUCGUCUCGAAAACCAUCGAGACAUACGGCACCCUGGACGUUCUAGUCAACAACGCGGGUAUCGUCCGAAUGGACUCCAUCGCCAGCGAAACCGCGGUGAAGACGUUCGACGAAGUCAUGAGGACGAACCUCAGAAGUAUCGUGCUUCUGACGAGCCUGUCGGCGGCGCACUUGAACAAGAGCAGGGGGAAUAUUAUCAAUAUUUCGAGCGUGGCGGCGCAUUUGGUUCUGUGUCCUGGGAAUUUCGCGUAUGCGGUUUCGAAGGCGGGCCUCACUCACUUCACGAGGCAGGCGGCCGUGGAGCUGGCGGCUGCGGGGGUGAGGGUCAAUACCGUCAGCCCUGGACCGGUGGCGACAGACAUCAUGACCAACGCGGGCUUGGACUCGAUAAUUCUGGACAAUAUCGCAGCAAAAACGUCUCUGAAACGUACGUCCGCGCCGGAGGAAGUUGCGGACUUAAUUCUGUUCCUGGCGAGCGAGAAGGCUAAAGGCAUUACGGGAUCUGAUUUUGUGACUGACAAUGGUGCCAUGCUGUCAUUUUGA